AUGGCCGAAGACGCUGCCUGUAACCCGCUUAGUGUUUCUGAGAGCCUCUCUCCAUCGCAGAUUUCUGCUAUCCGCCAGGCGGCCUCCGACCUACUCCCACAGUGCACGGAGUUCCUCGCCGCUCUCAUCCGCGUCGACACCACGAACCCUCCUGGACGCAACUACCCGGAGUGUGCGCACCUCAUUGGCGAUAAGCUUUCAGAGCUCGGAUACGACGUCGAGUAUGUUGAAGUGCCGAAGGACAAACUCCCUGUGCUCGCGCCGCACGGCGAAGACCUCCCGCGCGUGAAUGUGAUUGGUAGGCUGACGGGGACCGACGCGGCGAACAGCAAGACGCUGCAUGUAAACGGCCAUUUCGACGUUGUCCCGAUUGGUGUGACUCACUGGACACAUUCGCCGUUUGGCGGGGAGGUGCAGGACGGGCGAUUGUAUGGGCGCGGCGCGUCGGACAUGAAGGGCGGUAUCGCCGCACAAGUAUUCGCCGUCGAAGCGAUAAGGAAGGCGGGCCUGAAGCUAAAGGGAAGUGUCGAGCAGUCUGGCGUGGUUGAUGAAGAGACUACCGGUAAUCAGAACGCGGGAAUGGGCUAUCUCGUCGACCAAGGGUAUAUCCGUGCAGAUAAGAUCGAUGCGGUGGUUAUCACGGAGCCGCUCAACACCACGAAUGUCUGUUGCGGGCAUCGCGGGACAAUUUGGGGAACGAUCAAGUUUCGCGGGAAGCUGUCACAUGGGUCGAUGCCGGAGCUGGGCAUUAAUGCGUUGCAGCACGCCUGCACCUUCGUGCAUCUCGCAAGCACCACACUAGGCCCGCUGCUAGCGACACGCUCUGAUUCGAGCGUCAUUCCAGUGGAAGCACGCGUCGCCUCAAUCGCGUUCACCGUCUUGCAUGCGGGCGACAACAUUAACUCGGUGCCCGACGAGGCGGACGUAUCGUUCGAUCGCCGGCUCGUCCCCGGGGAGACCCUUGCAGCCGCUCGCGCGGAAAUUAUGGAUAUACUGGUGCAGAUGCAAGCAAUGGAUGCCUGCGAGGGUAUGUCGUAUGAGUACAAGGAAGAAUACGCGACCGAAGCUACGUGGGUGGACCCCGAGCAGCCCAUCGCGCUUGUGUUCCGCGAUGCUAUCAAGCUGGUCACCGGCAAGACGGCGGGGGUCGUCACCUCGCCUGGGAGCGAUGACCAGCGCUUCCCGGUGCACUCGCUCACGCCUCCGCUGCAAUCAACAAUUAUUUAUGGACCCGGCUUCAUAUCGGAGGCGCACAUCACAGACGAGAGUAUAGACUUAGAGAGCGAGCUCAAAGUGGGUAUGGAGGUUAUGGCACUCGCGUUUGCAAGCUUCCUCGGAGUAGAGUAA